AUGCACAGAACUGCUUUUUUGGCCGCUCACAUACCUCUGUUCCUCUACCCGUUCCUUCACACCGUCAGUAAAACUCGGCCUUUCGAAUACCUCAGACUCACCAGCCUGGGAGUCAUCGGGGCCCUUGUGAAAACAGAUGAACAAGAAGUGAUCAACUUCCUGUUAACCACGGAGAUUAUUCCAUUGUGCCUGCGAAUCAUGGAAGCAGGCAGCGAGCUCUCCAAAACAGUCGCCACUUUUAUCCUUCAGAAGAUCCUCCUGGACGACACAGGGCUGGCCUACAUCUGUCAGACCUACGAGCGCUUCUCACACGUGGCCAUGAUUCUGGGUAAAAUGGUUCUUCAGCUCUCGAAGGAACCGUCGGCUCGACUGCUCAAACACGUUGUACGCUGUUACUUAAGACUUUCAGACAACUCCAGAGCGAGAGAGGCGUUGCGACAGUGCCUCCCGGACCAGCUCAAAGACACCACGUUCGCCCAGGUGCUGAAGGACGACACCACCACUAAACGCUGGCUGGCCCAGUUAGUGAAGAACCUGCAGGAGGGCCAGGUGACGGACCCCCGCGGCAUCCCACUCACGCCUCAAUGA